UUUAUUGAAAAUGGCAAGUGCGGCUGCAGCAGCACAGUCCGAGCAAGCUGAGGAACUUGAGGACUGUGUCACCUACCAGCACGUCAAACUCCUGGAGUCUGCUGGAAUUGGAGCAAGUGAUGUCAAGAAACUUAUUGAAGCAGGAUAUAAUACUAUUGAGAGUGUAGCAUAUGCUCCCAAAAAAGCCCUCCUAGUCAUCAAAGGCAUCAGCGAAGCUAAAGCAGACAAGAUCCUGACCGAAGCAAUGAAGAGAUGUGCUAUGGGUUUCACAACGGCAACUGAAUUGCACAGAACAAGAUCAGAGAUAAUCAUGCUCACUACAGGGAGUAAGGAGUUAGAUAAGCUGCUGGGGGGAGGCAUUGAAACUGGCAGCAUUACUGAGAUGUUCGGGGAAUUCAGAACAGGUAAAACCCAGUUGUGUCACACACUAGCAGUCACGUGUCAACUACCCACUGAUAUGGGGGGAGGGGAAGGAAAGUGUCUGUAUGUGGACACAGAGGGAACCUUCAGACCUGAGAGACUGCUUGCAGUGGCAGAGAGGUACGGGCUGGACGGGGCAGCUGUGUUAGAUAACGUGGCCUGCGCUAGAGCUUUCAACUCCGACCAUCAGACACAGCUGUUAUUGCAGGCGAGCAGUAUGAUGACAGAGUCAAGGUACGCCCUUCUGAUAGUGGACAGUGCAAUGGCUCUGUACCGGACAGACUUCAGUGGGCGUGGUGAACUGUCUGCUCGCCAGAUGCAUCUAGCCAGGUUCCUGAGGAUGUUGCUGAGACUAGCUGACGAGUUUGGGGUUGCAGUCGUCAUUACCAACCAGGUUGUUGCGCAAGUAGACGGUGCAUCAGCUAUGUUCAGCGCUGAUCCAAAGAAACCAAUCGGAGGUAACAUAAUGGCCCACGCCUCAACAACCCGCCUCUACUUGCGCAAAGGACGGGGCGAGAACAGAAUAUGUAAAAUAUACGACUCUCCUUGCUUACCGGAGAGCGAGGCUGUGUUCUCCAUAGGAGCCGACGGUAUCGGGGACACCAAGGACUGAGGCAGAUAUAAAAUAUUAUGUUAAAUUCUGUUUUUAAUAAGUUUGAUUUUGGAUUAAAAGAGAGACCAUUUAUAUGACCAUUAUGGAUUCCGUACAGACGAUCAAAAUCUGAGACCCUACCAUGUAUGGAUUGAACGAUGGUGCAUCUUUUGUAUAUAAUUAUAGGCUGACAUGAGUUUUACAAAUUGGAAUACAAUAAACAAUUGCUUUGUUUUUCAUUACAUACAGAGGUCGCACAGGAUAACAGAGUUUCAAGAUUAAUAUUUUCUACAUUGUUGAGUUGACUUUUACGGCGGAAAAACUUUGUCUGACAACUGAAUGAGUAAUUAUUGGUAAUUACUGUAAUUACCCAAUUACUACAUAAUUACCCAAAUACUGCCUAUGUUAUUUAUAUUUAGGGGUCGUUCACACAUUGCGUUAU